CUUCCCUCCCUGGUCACCCCCACCCUGAGUAGCUGCCGUCCGACCUAGCCAGGGAGUAAGCGCCUCAACACCCCCUUUUCAUUGGCCUCCGCCCCCUUCCCUCCUCUCUCUCAGCCCCCAAUUCCUGUCACACAGCUUCAUUGAGAGAAUUCAUUGAGCCUUACUGUAGCCCCUAGCGAUCAGUGGCCGCAUUUUUGAAGGGGGUGCGUUUUGCUGUCAGGCUCAUUGAGUGUUUGUAGUGGCAGUCGGUUCCUGUCACCUUCCCUGCGCUCACACCCUAUCAGGGUGUCACACCCCCUUCCUGUGGGUGCUGCAGCCGGCCGGCUAGCCUAACAUGGCCAAGAACACGCUGUCGUCGCGCUUCCGCAAGGUGGACAUAGACGAGUACGACGAGAACAAAUUUGUUGACGAUCAGCUGCAGGAGGAACCGGCCGAGCCUCAGGGGCCCGACGAGGCCGAGGUGGACAGUCUGAUCAGGCAAGGGGACUUGCUCCGAGCAUUCCAGUCUGCCUUAAGGAAUUCUCCUGUUAACUCCAAGAACCAAGUAGUGAAGGAGCGAACCCAGGCAAUCGUACUCAAGGUCCUGACGUCAUUUAAAAGCAACGACAUAGAGAAGGCAGUGAACACGCUGGACCCAAAUGGGAUUGACCUCCUCAUGAAAUACAUCUACAAGGGGUUUGAAAAACCUACAGAGAACAGCAGCGCCAUAUUGCUACAGUGGCAUGAAAAGGCAUUAGUAAUAGGAGGCCUUGGAUCCAUAGUCCGAGUUCUCACUUCACGAAAAACUGUGUAAAAGACUGUACUAGCUGAAUCCAGAAGUUGUGUUCCAGGCUCCAGAGCUGUGAAGGAAGAGUGGAUGCAGAGACCCACCUGUCUGCAGAGUGCUAUCUAUUCACCUGUUUGGGAAUGCUUCUUAUUACUGACUAUGGAUGAAACAUGAAUGUAUGUUUGUUUAAUGGGCUAUCUUUUGUUCCAAGCACCAGUCCUCUUUAGCAUGGUGAUACUGUUAAAGUGCUUAAGAGGAAGAUUUACAGAAGGGGGGAACAAAUAGUUGUCUCCACCAUAGAUGUGCAGCCAGUUACGGAGCUGCGGCAGUUCCUGAUGCCAGCACUGACUCCAUCAAUUCUCCUCCGAAAUACAAAUAUUCCCAGUAAAACCGUAGCUUAGCCGGAAAGAAUGUGCUAAAAUGAAACAGGACUGGUGGCUUUUAUUUUGUUAACUUGUACAUACAGGAUUUUAGAAGUUCCCUGAUUUUGGUCUUACUUGAAAACGGAAAUAAUAAACAAAAAGCAGUUUAACCCUAUUUACUGCCAGAGAGGUCAGCAAGACUGUACACAAGAGCCUCAGUUCUUACCUCGCUGGCAGGAGAAGGGUUGAACCGUUAGUGGUGGGGGAGUAAGAUACAUGUGUGUGGUGUUCAGCCUUUGUUUUGCAGUCUCACUGGGGCGUUUUGGUAUUUUGUCCUACCACUGGGUGGCGCUGCUCUACUGAUACCUGUAAACUUUAUUAAAUUACAGCUUCCAUGAGUGAAGUGUUAAAAAAAAG